AGCAUGGUGGACGUGCUGCCCUGGCUCCUGCGCUUCCCCAACCCCGUGCGCCGCGUCUUCCGCGACUUCCAAGCCCUCAACCGGGAGCUGCACAGCUUCGUGCGUGCCAAGGUGGCACAGCACCGCCAGACCUUCAACCCUCAUGCCCUCCGCGACGUCAGCGACGUCAUGAUCGCUGCCGUGGAGCGUGGUGACAGGUCCCCCGAGGGGCUGGGACCUGAGGACGUGGAGGGCGCCAUGACAGACAUCUUCGGCGCGGGGCAGGACACCUCCCUGCCCCCCCUGCCCCUCCUGGAGGCCUUCAUCGACGAGACGCUGCGCUACAGCAGCUUCGUGCCCAUCACCAUCCCGCACGCUACCACGGAUGACGUGGAGCUUGAGGGCUUCCACAUCCCCAAGGGCACCGUGGUCUUCAUCAACCAGUGGUCGGUCAACCAUGACUGCGGCAAGUGGCCCGACCCAUGCUCCUUCCACGCCAACCCAGCGGAGCACCUCACCAUGGACUGCGUCCACGGGCUGGCGCUGAAACCGCGGCCCUUCACCGUCACCGUGCGUCAGAGGCACCCCGCGCUCAUCCAGCCCUGA